CCGCGUAAAGAAAGUUUGCUCACCAUGCUCGUCAUCGGCUGUCACUCACACACACACGCACCGCCAUUACUCUGUCUCUCUCUCUCUCUGUUUCUCUUCAUCAUAUCUUACCUUCCAAGAAAAAUCCCAUGCAAUUUUUUUUUAGUACCUUCAACAUGAAGCAAAAGCAAAACAUACAAAAUCCAUACAAGCAAACCUCAAAUAGUUAUUAUUAAAAUUUUUAAUAAUUGAUGGUUUCCAAAGAUCUUGUUAGGUGUUUUCUCAACCACAAUGUUCAACAACUAUAAAUACAUACCAUAAUGACGAGCUUUUAAAUUUUUCUCGUGCUUUUGCUUUUUCCUAAAUUUUUUGGUUUUUCCAUCACCAUUAAUCAUCAUUCAUAUAUGUCUAACCAAAAUGGUUCAAAUCUUCAAGAGAGGUUUCAGAACUUCUUCAAUGGUUGGCUUGAAAGACAACAGAGUUUUCUCGACCAACUCGAUCAUUUCUACUCUUCCCUAACCAGCCAUGAAAACCACCUAGAACAACAGCGAAACUCGAUCAUCGAACAAGUUCUGUCCCACUACCAAGAAUAUUACGAAGAGAAAGCAAGAGCAGCUUUGGAAGACGUAUUCACUGUCUUCUCGGCUCCAUGGUUGAGCUCCUUCGAGCGGACUUUCCUCUGGAUUGGGGGCUUCAAACCGUCGAUGAUACUCCGUCUAGUGAACAACAUACUCGGCGACUUAACUCCUGAACAGCUGCAGAUCAUGGAGCGAAUGAAGGCCGAGACAAGCCAGGCCGAGAAGGAGCUGAUGGAGACGACAGCGACGGUUCAGGAGAGUCUUGCAGCUCCGCCAUUGCUGACGUUGGCAAGAAGAGUAGGGAGACUGAUGGGUGGAGAGAUAUUGAACUUGGAUGGGGCUCUGGAGAGGGUGAAGACGGCAAUGCUUGGGGUUUUGCAGAGCGCAGAUGGGCUUCGAGCUUCCACGGUGAGGAAGUUGGUGGAGGUUUUGAGUCCCGAUCAGAAGGUGAGGUUUUUGAUGAGAGUUGCACAAUUUCAGCUCAGUAUUAGGAGGUGGGGAGUGCAGAGGGAUUCGCAGAGAGCGACAAGUUGUUUGAGUUUGAGAGGUUGAUUUUCUUUUUUUUU